AUGGGAUCCCCCGUCAACUUUUUCCAAAAGAGCCCUGUCGUGGACCACUAUGUUCCUUUGGCGUUGUUUAUUUCGACUUGUCAAUGGAUCUACAACAUCCUUCUCCAGUACCUCGGCGGAUCGUCUUCCAAGACUUCAGUGAUUCACUCGCCGCAAGCGCUUUGGCUGAUUCCGCUGCUUCUUAUCGGGACAUUCUUUUUUUCCGCGUUUGCACAUUGGGCGCUCUUCCUCUGCUACAACCAGGUGAUGCAGCAACCACGGCAAAGAAACCACGCUAAACCUCGUCGAUGGAGAGCACCUCUCUUGGGACUGUGGGCGGCCCUGUGUCUGAUCGUGGCUCGCGUCGGGAUCGUCGGACUAGUGCUUGUUCAGGGUGGGUACUGGUCCAUUCCCAUCGGGAUUUUGUUAGCCGUUCCAGAGACGGUGGCCAUGAUGUCUGUUAUUAUGUUCUUUCUCAAAACCAUGUGGCAACAGUGGCGUACGGAUCGGGUCAACAAGAGCGUCAGCGCAAAGGGAAUCAUGGGAGGGACCGCUGUUGAAAGCGGAGGGGAAAGCGAUGGCGGAGGUAAAAAAGGGGCCGAUCUUUCCAGAUCAUCGUCUACCGCGCAGCUUUGGGACUCCAAUGCUGGAUCGUCCACGAUGCCAGCUAUGAUACCGGAGAACCCUCGGGACGACUUCUUCAACAUCUCAAGCUUUUAUCACCGGGCGUAUGUCAAGUCAUUGUUGACUGCAGAGCGCGACUUCAGGGAGGCCGCUGGAAGCAUGUAUGGCCAGUCGACCAUUGGAUCCGACAAGAAUAUGUACCAGUACCUCAACCCGAUAGCCACUCAAGGGACUGAGCCUGGCAGCCGAUACACGGGUUCCACGCUCAACACCACUAUCUCACUUGCCAGCUCUUCUGGAACUCAGUACACCCACCACCCGACAGAGUACGAUUUCAAUAUCCAUCAAGACCCAAAGCGACUCUCGCCAAUGUCGCCCCCAGGAGGGCAAGAGCCAGGCAGGCUUCAUUUUCCGUUUCGAAAGCAGAUGCAGGCGAUACCCGGCCGGAAUGGAACCUCAUCUGAAAAGUCGACAACUGUACCGUCCUCAUCAUCAUCGUCAUCCUCUGCCGCAUCAAAGCGCCCGCCUAUGAGCAGGAACAAGGCCAGCAGUCAGCGGGGUGGCGUCAGUUCUCACAAGCUGACAUGGAACUCUGUGACAACGUCAUACACAGCAACCUCGGCUGCACAACCCAUGACAGGCGCUGCUCCAACACCUUCGACUUGGGAGUAUAUCGUCUAUCCAAAACGACAUAUCUGGCCGACAGUCCAAGGCACCUAUCUGCUAAUUGCACGACUCCCACUCCGAAUUCUAGUGGCUGUUUUGACUACGAUGGUGCUCUGCUACGAUGUCUUGCUCAGCAUAGGCGCAGCAGAGACGGUGCUGGCUGUUCCUGUUUCGUGUAUCCUGGGCUCCUUGGCCUAUCCGGGUCGUAGCCAAUUUGACAACACCAUGAACGUCGCCCGAGCUAUGCAUACAGUCAAUUUGGUGCUUGUGGUCGUCCUGCUGCCUGCUGUUGUUAUUAUCACAGUUUUGCAUCAAGUGCGCAUGGUUCAAAAGUACAACUGGUGCCUAAGGCUCUUGCGUAUCGGCAACUAUGGGUUUGUUCCUGGUGGUCGAGAAUACACUCAGCAUUUGAAGCACCCAAUGUUGGUCAUUCGGUAUCGGUUCCGGAUGCCUGGAUCUCGUUUCCUCCUCUCGCAUCAACAAUCAGCCCGCGCGGGGUUCCACCAUUGGGAGUUUUUUUGGGCGUUCUUCAAUAUCGUCUUUGGCGCCUUUUCCUUCUGCAAGCGAGUCGUGCUGAGUAUACUUAGCAUGGGAAUCUAUUCAACCAGGAUUGACCUUUGCAUUAUGGGUGGACGGUUUCGACCCUGGGAUGGCGGGUACUCGGCAUUUGUUGGGUUGGUUCUGGCGGAUCAUACUCUCAACAACCCGAUCGUGCUCGAGUUUGUCCAGAUUUUGAGAGACCUGCUUCUAAUACGUCGCCAUCCAAACCUGGCCCAUUAUUACUUGAGGGCUGGCGGACGAGGAGACCAGAUGUCGAACCUGGUUGGUGGUGGCCGAGCUGGGAAAGGCAACGACCGCGACCAGAGACUGAAUAUGAUGAUGAUGCUCAGUCCACAAUCGCCACGACGAGGGGGAGGAUUUGUUGGUGUUGGAGGGGGAUUCAGUGACCGAGAAUUGGCAGAUAUCGAGGAAGGCGAAGAGGCACGCAUGGACGAGCUCUUGAUGUCCAAAUCAUCUGGCUUUGACGGCCAAGGCGCCGGAAUCGCUGUCAAAGGAGGAGCAGCCAUUGUACCAGAGGUGUCUCGGAUCCACCACUACUUUCGACAAGAUCCUCGUGUUGACCGCCAUGGCCAUGGUCCAGCGAAUAUAGCGUCUUCAUCGUCCUCGUCAUCUUCGCCACCACCCGCCUACAACAAUGCCACCGCUGCGGCAGUUGCCAAAAAGAACAACCGGGUCUCCAAGGUUUACACCCCACUUUUGGCUACGCCCACACCUGAGCUGAAUAUGAGCCACGCCGUCAAGAUCCAGGAGGCGCAUCGGAAUCCAGAGUCGGCGGUUUCGGCUGAGCAGAUUCGCCAAAAGAUGUCAGAAGCCAAGUUGCGGUCAAUCCGGGUUCGGAAUCGCUGGUUCCUCUAUGUGACUCUCGUCCGUAACCCGUCCAUCCGGUCUUUGCGUCGGACUAGAGCAGAGGACUAUCUGCAUCCGAUUGGUCACGGCAACGAGUUUUUAGGAACCCAUGAGGAGGAGGCCCUUGCUGAUGUGCAAUGGGACCGAUAA